GUGUAAAGAAUCUCGAAGUCUGAGGAGAGUUUUUACUUGGCAAUGUAGUCUUCGCCUUCUCCGAGUGAACUUGAAAGGAUCCUUGAGAGCCGUGCAGGCUCAAGGGAUUGGUGGGGUGGGGUUCUCCACAUCUGAUCGGGGCUGAUGGAGUCCAAGUGACGAACAAAGGACGAAGUCCAAAUCACGCAGAAAAGAGCGACAACGACCACGAAAGUACUUCUGAGAAGAGAUGGCAUGGCAAAUAACGCCUGGGCGUCAUCACUACUUAGUCCUGUUACCAUUCACGAGAGCCACACUGGCAAUUUGGGAUAAGGUUGUAGAAGACUUAAAAAUUGGCCAUGACAAAGGAGGCGUUGGGAGCCUCUUCCGUUUACGUGUAUGACUGGCGAUACAGGAAGGGUGGAACAACUUACGACGAUAGAAACUUAGAGGAGGACAUUAAGAACACGCGAUACGUGAUUUACGCUCCAAUCGGAUAUGUUCACAGUGACUAUUCUUACCAGGGCGGAUUGGAUAGGCUCUUCUUGCACCUCACGGAACCUGAGCUCGAGUCGUACAAAAAGCAGGGCGCAAGAAUGAGAUUGAUCAACGCGUGGCGACCACUGAGGAAAGUCGAAAAUGCUCCUCUUGCGAUGUGCGACCGACGCUCCGUUCUUCCAGAAGACGUCAUCGAGGUUGACAAAGUUCUUCCCAACAAUCUGGAAGUAGAGACUUGCAUCUAUCAUAGACCAUAUCAUAAAUGGUACUUCAUGUCGGAGCAGACACCUGAUGACGUCUGGCUCUUUGUACAAUGGGAAGAGUGUGAUGUACCCUGCGAAACCACGAGUGUUCCACACACUGCUCUCAACGGACCGCAAGUAAGAUUAGGCGAUAUGCCCCGAGAAUCUUUGGAGGUGCGUAUGAUUGUGAUCUCGUAGGUUUCGUCAGUGAACUUUGCGUGCACAGGAAGAGACCCGAGAGAGUGAAUAUGCAGAUAGCUGAAGGAAAUCGAACAUGUCCCAGAUUGAUUGGGAAAGUGUGUGAGUUACGUGCGAUUAAGGUCAAGAAAGACUUUCAUUGAGAAGCAAUGAG